AUGAUGGAUGCAGUCCUGGAAAAUUUUAAUAACUCUAAUUAUACUUACUCUUUUUUCCCAAGUGUCAGUGAAAAAUAUAAUAUUUCAGAAGGUAUUUCAUCUCAUAGCUUCAUUGACAAUGGAAGAAAACGUUUUUUUGAAAUCCAUAUUGCAAAAGUUAUUAAUAUCAUUGUAUUUGUCAUCUCCAUUUUUGGAGCAGUGGGGAAUGGAAUUGUCAUCUGGCUUCUCGGCUUCCGCAUUAAGAGGAAUCCUUUCAUGACCUACAUCCUGAACUUGGCUGUCGCUGAUUUCGGGUUCCUCCUGUCGCUUUCAGUUCUGCUUCCUUGCUUGAGCUUUCUAUUUUAUUUUGGCUUUGAUAAAACUUCUCUGUCAUUCUUUCUUCUGGCCAUAUUAAUGAACGGUGCUAGUCAAUUUCUCCUGACGGCCAUCAGCAUUGACAGGUGUGUGGCCGUCUUCUUCCCACUCUGGCAUCAAUGCAAGCGGCCCCCGCGUAUGUCCACCAUUGUCUGUGCGCUCAUAUGGGUCCUCUCUGUCUUGCUUACUGCAAUUACCAUCACUCUCGUAUUUUUUAAUACAAACGAACAACCAAUUGAAAACUUCUACCAGUUUAUUGUGAAUGCUGUGCUUUGCCUCCCGGUCAUGACAAUUGCCACUGUGUCCCUAUUCAUCAAAGUGUGGUUGAAAGAACAACAGCGUCGAAGGGGAAGGCUUUUGACCAUUGUCUUGCUCACUCUUCUCUUCUUCCUCCUCUUUGCUUUUCCAGCAAAUGUCAUUUUCAUCCUCGCUCAUUUUGAUUAUUUACCAGAAUAUAUGUCAACUGUUCCAGCUCUAUUAGACUGUUUAAAUAGCAGCGUCAACCCAUUCAUUUAUUUCCUGGUUGGGAGACCAUGGAAGUCUAGACACAGGGAGAGCAUGAGGGUGAUCCUCCAGAAGGUUUUCAAGGAGGAAAAAAGCUGUACUGAGGAAACCCCAGCUGAAACCCAGUUAUGA